UCAACAAAACGAUCAACAGACAUCCCGAUGAUCGAGGACAGUUUCUCCGAGCACCGUGUCUCUAGCGCGCCCCCGCGAGUUCCCCUUAGCGGAGGGCGCCCAACGCAGGGCCGCCCGCCCUUGCGGGUCCAACGCCGAGACCGCCUCCGCGCCUAGCCCCGCGCGCGUGCUCGGACGCGUGCUCAUGCGCGUACGCCGCCCCGUCCUGCCCCGCCUCGCGCGCACGCCGCCCCGCCCCGCCCGGCGCGCACGCCUCCCGGCCCUCGUCGCCUGCCGCCCUUCCUCUCCGAUCCCUCAGCUGCGCAGCCCCCAGACUCGCUGGCCGGUGGAGGGACCCGGGACGAGCCAGAGCGCGCUAUUAGCCUGAGGAAGCCGGGGGAGACCCACUGGGCCGGGCAGAGCCGUCAAGAAUAGCGGAGCCUGCCCCGCACGCCCGGGAGCGAAGUGAGAGCGAGGCAGAGUUACGUGAGGCAGCGCAGAGUAAGUGGGCUCGGGUCCGACUCGAGGUCGGGCUCGGGACCGAGACUGGUGGGCCAGGCCCCCGAGCCGGCGUUACCCCCGGUCUGAGGAGCACCGAGCGGACACAGAGGGACGGACCGAGCAAGGACUCAUGGCCUCGCCAUUCCUGCCCGCGGGGGCCACCACGGGCGACAGCGGCGGCGAACUGAGCUCGGGGGACGACUCCGGUGAUGUAGAAUCCCUCCAGAGCCCCGAGACGGAGGCGUCUGGGAGCCUGACCGAGCUCUUUGAGAAGGCUGCAGCGCACCUCCAAGGCCUGGUUCAAGUGGCCAGCAGAGAGCAGCUCUUGUACCUGUAUGCCAGGUACAAGCAGGUCAAAGUUGGAAAUUGUAAUACUCCUAAACCAAGCUUCUUUGAUUUUGAAGGAAAGCAAAAAUGGGAAGCAUGGAAAGCACUUGGUGAUUCAAGCCCCAGUCAAGCAAUGCAGGAAUACAUUGCAGUAGUUAAGAAAUUAGAUCCAGGUUGGAAUCCUCAGUUACCUGAGAAGAAAGGAAAAGAAGCAAAUACCGGUUUUGGUGGCCCCGUUGUUAGUUCUCUGUAUCAUGAAGAAAUCAUCAGGGAAGAAGACAAAAACAUAUUUGAUUACUGCAGGGAAAACAACAUUGACCAUAUAACCAAAGUCAUCAAAUCGAAAAAUAUGGAUGUGAAUAUGAAAGAUGAAGAGGGCAGAACUCUACUCCAUUGGGCGUGUGAUCGAGGACAUAAAGAACUAGUCACAGUCUUGCUACAAUAUAGAGCUGAUAUUAACUGCCAGGACAAUGAAGGUCAAACAGCUCUACAUUAUGGAUCCUUAACCUGUUUGGGGAACUUUCAUAAAACUGCUCUACACCCAGUGUGGAACUUGAACUCAUGACCCCCAAGAUCAAGAGUCGCGUGCUCUACCUACUGAGCCAGCCAGGUUCCUCCUGAACUUCCUGAUUUAAACCUCACUUUACAGUUAGACUUGAGCUAAAAUUUCGCUCACAUUUGUUAGGUUAGGGGAUUAUUAUGUAGCCUGCUUAGCCUUUUCUCAGCUGGUUGGCUGUGGUCCUUUAGAUGUGGAACUUAAAAAUUUAAGCUCUAUUCCUGGGUUAGUACUCAUAUGUUAUAUUCUAUCUCACUGUUGGGAAAGUCAAUUCAUUAUAUGCCAUGUAUGAAAUUAAUGCUCCUUUGUCUGAGAUGGCCAGCUUAGUGUCUUCAGCCAUAGUACACAUCUACUUAGCCUUGAUCUUCAUGCUUAGGAGCCUUAAGUAUUGGGUUAGAUUUGUGCCAAGUGUAAUCUACAGAUCGUAGUAGUUAUUAUCCUGUAUUACAGAUUUAUACACUAGGAAAUUUAUUCCUCUGAUCCUGCUUUAAAAGUUCCAAUUUUAAAACCUAACUAAGUGUUUCUUACAAUAAGUUGAGACUGAUAACUGCGGCAAAAAGGUUAAAUGAUUAUUUCUCAAAAUAUAAAUGUCAUGUAGCUAGUUCUAUACCGGAUAAAUAUCUCUUCUCACAACUACUUGAUACUAGUCAGUGUGUCUUUAACUUUGUUAUAUGUUAUAAGAGACUGCCUUCCAUUGGAAUCCAAUAUGGUGUACAGUGAUUCAUGGUAAAACCAUUCGGAAAUGUAAAACUAAAAUCUUCAUUAUAUUAUUUGAGGGACAUCACUUUAAAUUCUUGAAGGGAUAUUGUAUUCCUAUAUACUUUCUGUUGAAUCCUGGGCUUGGUGGGAUAUUCUGUCUCCGCCUUCCUCCCUGUCUGUGGCAUACCAUAACAAAAUACAAUCUCAGCCCAUUAAUACCUGUCCCAGGACUGGACUAGGCAGUUCUUGCCUUUUUCUCCCUUUUCUCCUACUCUCUAUGUAGUAUUCAUUCAUCCAUCAAAUGUUAAUUUAACAUUUAUAAUCCUGGUAGCUUUCUAAGAAAUCCCACACCACUGAAGACAGAGAUAGGGUUCUCAAAUGGUCUGAUUUUAGCUCAGAGUAAAUUCUUCUCUCCAUCUCUAUUCACUUAGCACCACCUCUGAGCCUGUGUUAUUAUGUAGAGAUUGGUGCCCGAGUGAAGCUGUCCCAAGGAUAUAACUCAUCACAACCUGGUUUUGGCUGUUGACUCUAUGCCAUUGAGCAGCACAUAGCAGGGGGGCCAGAGCUGGAAACACCCACCAGCAGAGGAAAGAGUCAAGGAGCUAGAGAAACUCUCUGAGUAACAAUAAAGAGCAAAAGAAGAAAUAUCACUACUAAAUCAUUUAAAACUAAACUCCUAUAGAGUUCUACUUCCACUUAAGAUAUAGAAAACUAUAAGAGAACAAUGCUCCCAUCCUAACAAGAAGAAAAGGAUAGAUAAUCUACAAGAUUGUUAAUUUCUUGAGCCCAUCAGAUAGCAGAGGUUGCAUGGCAGCAAAGUAAACUGGAUUCCAAAGGAUGACAGUCCCCCACAAGACACACAAACUGUUUCGCCUUCAGUGGAGCACCUAAGGAGGAAGCAGCCACCAUAAACGCUGGUAAGAAAACAGCUAAAAUCAACAGAUUCUUAAAGUGAGUUAGUCUGACAUUCUAGAGUAACAGGGAGCCUCAGACCCAAGAGGAAUCCUCAUUCACAUGCUCUUUGCCAUAAACUGGGAGAACCAUAAGAGGAACUGAGAACAGAGAGAGCCCUUCCCAGUGACACACAGGCAUGAAACCCUGCCAUUUCCCUGGAUUCUUAUUUCAUACAAAGCAAAAUGCUUAAGACCCUCAGGAAGAGCAGAAAACUUUUCUGUCCUCUUCUCUUGUCCCCAGGCUCAGGCAGAUAUCCACUGCUUUUGAAGGAGGAGUAAAAGCAAAAUCUGUCUGCUACUCGGGAAGGACAGGGAGCCCUACACUGACACCAGGCAGACAUUUCUCACCACUGAGGGCAGGGCAUGAAGCUCUCUCCCUCUCCAGAUAUGUUUUCCCUCAUACAAGGUAGAGUUUGGUUGACAUCUGGGGGGCAGAGAUGCAGGAACACUGAGAAAUUGCCACCUCUGAGGACCUGCCUAAGACUGAGACCAGCCCAAAAGGACAAAGAGGCCAUGAGGCUUGCCCUAAUAAGCAAUCGCACUCUUAUUGAUGGAGAAGGAGCAAGAGUGCAGAGAGAAACUCCCUCUGUAGUAGACGUGCAGAGACUGCUGAAGGCUGCGGGGGGGGGGGGGGGGGGGGCAAGAAUACUGGCACCCGAGGACACUCAAGAAACAAGGUAACUGCAGCCCACGGGUGGAGGAAUUUUAAAGUGUGUGAUGCAUUGAAGUUGUCUGUAGCAGCAACAAAACCCAAACCCAGUUCAGCUGCUGGCCAGAUUGACUCAACACCCAUAUUAACUGUAUGACAGUAGAAGAGGCAUAGCUAUUUCUGGAUGUAAAUAAUGUCCUUCUCCAUACGUUCUGCAAUCAAAACUGAGACAUAGAGUAGCAAGGAAAAAACAACUCAUUGUUAAACUAUAAAUUAGUAAUUGACAGAGCAAGUAGAUAAAAAUUUAGCAAGCAUAUGAAAGAAUUGAACAAUACUAACAACCAACUUGACUUAAUUAACAUCUGUAGAUCUCUCUAGAACAUCUAUAGAACAGAACACUCCACCUAAUAAACAGAAUACAUCAUUUCAAGUACACUUGGAACACUUACCAAGAUAAACCAUAUUUAGGCCAUAAAACAAACUUCAACAAAUAUUUUAAAGUUUUCCCUGAGACCACCACAGAAUUAAAUUAGAAGUCAUUUACAAACACAUAUCUGGAAAUCUCCCACACACACAAUUGUGCAAAACUUCAACACACUUCUAAAUAACUCAUAGGUCAAAGAAGAAAUUCCAAGGGAAAUUACAAAAUAUUUUGAACUGAAUGAAAAGAAAAACACUCUAUCAGAAUUUUGGGAUGCAGCUACAGUAGUGCUUAGAGGGGAAUUAAGUGCUUUUAUUAGAAAAGAAGAAAGCUCUCAAUGACCCAAGAUUCUACCUUUCAAAAGUUAGAGAAAGAAGAGCAAAUUAAGCCCAAGACAAGCAUGGGCAUAAAAUAAUAAAGAUCAGAGUAGGGGCGCCUGGGUGGC